CCCCUUCACUCAGUCCGGCGAGCGAGCGCAUUGUCAUCGGGUGUGCCGUGCAAAAUGCCGAAUCGCGACCGCGGCUGAUACUUGACCCGCCGAGAGAGAUUAUUCUCGCCUGAAGGCUGCAUCGAUUGACCGCCGCCGGCCCCAAUUAGUGCCUUCCAAUUAUGUGACUGGUCAAAUUAACUAAGUGAGGAAGGAAGAAUUAAAACAGUGCGUUGACUAUUUUUAUACUUUUUGUUUUGCGCUCUUGGUGCAUCAUCGGUCAAGAAUAAAAGAGAGGAAUAGCGUUGACAAGCCGAACAUUCCCAUUAGACUGCAAGUGUGAAUUACCGAGGAGUAAUUAAAGUGGACUUCAUCAUGGGGAGUUCGGGGAAGAGGAUCCACCCGUCAAACAUUCACAAGAUUCGAGAGUUCGAUCUGGAAAAGGUGUCCUUGACGGAGCACUACGACAUCCUGCAGGUCGUCGGCGAAGGGUGGUUCGCCAAAAUUCUACUGGCCGAGCACCGCGUCUCCGGCACUGAGAUUGUGCUCAAGGCGCUGCCAAAGGUGCUCAACUCGGCUGCGGACUUUUACAGGGAAUUCCACUACAGCAUCCACCUGAGCGUGCAGAGAAACAUCAUCACCAGCGUCGACGUCGCCUUUGAGACGCCUGGCUUCUACGUUUUUGCUCAGGAGCACGCGCCACUGGGCGAUUUAGCUGCCAACGUUUCAGACAAUGGCGGCAUUGGUGAGGCGCAGGCCAAGAGGGUUGGCCGCCAGUUGGCCUCGGCUCUCGACUUCAUGCACUCCAGAGACUUGGUGCACCGCGACUUAAGACUGGAUAACAUUCUCGUCUUCAGAUCUGACUUCGCCAGGGUGAAGAUCUGCGACUUUGGAGAGACUAGGAGAUCAGGGUCUGUGGUAUUUCGGCGGAAGAACAUUGAGUGGCUGCCGUACGCCCCACCAGAAGUUCUUCUAACCGAUUCCGACUCUGCUUACAAAGCCGAGCCGUGCAACGACGCCUGGCAAUUCGGCAUCGUGCUGUUCGUCUGCCUCACCGGUUGCCUACCCUGGCAGAAGGCCUCCAAAACAGACGACCUCCGUUUUUCUCGCUACGUUAUGUGGCAUGAAAAGGCCUCGGCCGGCGGUGCGACGGGCCUGCUCGCCGCCGCCCUGGUGUCUCCGCGGCGCCGACCAAAGUUGUUCAAAUUGCUGACCUCGAGGGGGCAGCGGAUGUUCCGCAAACUGUUGGAACCCAAGGCUGAGAAAAGAGGGCUGCUCACUUGCAACGCCACCCCUGGCGGACUCAGUGGAGAACUGGCAAAGUUCCUUGACGACCGGUGGCUGGUCAAGGUUUCUGAGAAUGAAGUGGUGUCUGACAAAGACAAGGCGGCCGAGUUGUGUCCCUCCAUGUACAGCUACCACAGCAGUCCCGAAGAGAAAAACAAAUUGUUGGCCACCCUGACGCAGUACGGCGUGGAGACGACUGUGGACCGCGGUGGCAAGAAGGACCGCAUUCGCCAGUGGGUGCAGAGCAGCGCCAUCCAGGAGGACGAAGAGGAGGAGGAGGAGGAACUGGACGACUUCGGUUCGCAGGACUACCCUGACGAGGAAGAGGACGGCGAGCCGUACGAGGGCAGGGAACGCAGACAAUCCUCUUCAGGCACCGCUGCUAGUAAGUGACAUGCAAAUUUUCCAAUCGGGACUAUUGACAAAUAGACAGGCGAUUGAACUUCAAGUGAUUAAUUUUUUCUUUCUUUAAAAAUGUGAAUUUCUCUCAUGCUAUUUUAUUGAUUAUUCCCUUAAUGUGUAAUUUCGCUGAAGCACUGAAAAUUUGAUUUUCCUACAAAAUCUCAUCAGCUGCAGAUGGACGUUUUAAGCGUGAUAAAAAUUGCGAGUUGCUCAGAACGUCAAAAAAUGUCCUCUUAAUUCCUUCAAACGUUCGGGCGCCAGCUUUUUUUCUAAAUAUGACCCCAGAUGACCUUUAAAUUUACUUAUAUGAUUUAUAAUCUGAUGAUUUUUAAGCAAUAAAAAAAGAAUUGAAAAUUCUUUUGUGCACAA